AUGAGUCUUCGGACUCCGGCGCUUCCGGCGGACUUCGCCUACUUCGCAGCGUGGUACGGCCGCGUGCCCUCGUUCGCCGACCUGGCUGACUCGGGCUACAAGCUCUCUUGCGCAGACGAGUGGUUUUCCUGGAGAAUCGCAAACCUCAACUCGCUCUACCUCACGCGAAUUCACCACGCCGAUCAUCAGCUCGCCCGCGUCUGGCUGGAGGGCCUCGACGAUGUGAUGUUUUGCCACCGCCUGAAGCGAUUGCCUGUGGAAGAGCGGCCGGCGAGCAUGCAGCAGAGAUUCCGUCUCAAGUAUCCGCUCAACGACGUAUGGACUUACCGCGACCUUCCGCCCCAUGCGUAG